CAGCGACCCGGGACAGACCUCCCAGCCACGGUUGCUGGGUCAGCGGUCAGAGCACUGUGGACACAGCGGGGAUCGCUGCUCUAGCGGCCCAGACCGGUUUAGAGGUCUCGGAGCCCCCUCCUCAAGCUGACCCCAAGUCCGAGCUCCGAAGGCCCCUCCCCUCACAGCAAGCUGAGCUGUCACAGGGUCAGUUCCAGAUCAGUCUGGGAAGCCCCUCCUUUCAUGUGCAGGGGUCGACCAGGAGCGGGCCCCGGGAGCCCCCUCCCCUUAGGCCAAACAGGGUGGUCGGAAGCCAAGCUAGCUCCCUAAGCUAGCUGAGGCGUGCCGGCUGGGUGACGGGAGAGCCGCCCCGCGCGCCCCUGUCCCACUCGGGCCGGCCACGGGGUCCCCGGUAGGGGGCGGCCUCGCUCCGCACCGCCCGCUCCUCCCGCAGCUGUCGCCGCCCCGGCUGCCGCUCCUCCCCCGGCCCCGCCUCCCUGGCCCCCGCGCCGCCCGCCUGUCCGCCGGUCUCUGCAAGGCCAUCGGUCUGUCCGCCCGCCCUCCCUGCGCUCCUCCGCCCCAGCCCCGCUAUUCCGGCAGCGCCCGUCGCUUCCUCGGUUCCGGCCGCCGCUAGCCCGUUCCCCGCCCCCGGGCCGGCCGCUGCCGCUACGCGAGGCCGAGGACUGGCAGCGCGCGUAGGCCGCGCCGCCGCUGAUGGAGCCGGAAUAAAGGGGCGGCCGUGAGAGCAGCCGGUCGCCACACGCCCUGCGCCUGACCCCGCGGGCGGCCUGGAGCAGAACACUUAGAGGCCAGGCUGGCCAGGAAAGGCAUCCCCUUCCUUCUCUUUCCCUCAGAAGAACACUUAAAAACUUUUCCACGUUAGAGGCAGAAGAGCUGGGAACCUGAAAGUGGGUUGCAUCUGAUUCUAAAAGUUUCUCCCUCUCGCUGUCAUUACCUUAUGCUGCCACAAAGUGAACCAGUCAUCGGGGAAGGCAGAGCCUCCCUGGCACUGCUGGCACCCUGCCUCGAAGACACCUCUGUCCUGUAGGCAGAGCUGUGUAGUCUGUCUUGGUUAAUGACCUGGACCAUCUGACCAGUCCCUUCUCUGUGCCUUGUCUAAGGUCCUUGUCCACACCUGAUCCUGGGCAGCUUCUCUCUCUGGGUUGGAUCACCUUAAGUGGGAAGCUGAAGCCAUUACUCUCUAAACCCUGUUUCAUCUUCCCAAGCAUGUCGGAAAGCUGGCAGCAGCCGCCACAGACGCAGCAGCCGCAGCAGCCACCACCGCCACAGCCCCAGCACCACGCAGAACCGCCCCCGGCCCUGGCCGAGCACACGCUGCCCCCAGGCACGGCUGAGAACCCCCUGGGCUGUGCCGUCUAUGGCAUCCUCCUGCAGCCCGACCCAGGCCUACAGCCCCCACAGCAUGCGUCCCUGCAGGCAGCAGGUGAGCCGGGCCCCAAGUGUGGUGUGUGCGGCCAUGACCUGGCGCACUUGUCCAGCCCGCAUGAACACCAGUGCCUGGCAGGCCAUGACCGCUCGUUCCAGUGCACACAGUGUCUCAAGAUCUUCCACCAAGCUACUGACCUGCUGGAGCACCAGUGCAUGCAGGCCGAACAGAAGCCCUUUGUUUGUGGCGUCUGCAAGAUGGGCUUCUCGCUGCUCACCUCGCUGGCACAGCACCACAGCGCACACAGUGGCACUGGUGGCCUAGUGAAAUGUUCCAUCUGUGAGAAGACCUACAAGCCCACUGAGGCGGCUGAGCCCGCAGCCACUGCUGCCACCUCGCUGCCCCCAGCACCCCCACUGCCUGCUGUUGCCCCUGCUGAACAAGCCGACAAGCCCUAUAGCUGCCCCAUCUGCCAGAAGCCCUUCAAGCACCUGUCGGAGCUCUCACGACAUGAACGGAUCCACACAGGUGAGAAGCCCUACAAGUGCACUCUGUGUGACAAGAGCUUCAGCCAGUCGUCCCACCUGGUGCACCACAAGCGUACGCACAGCUCGGAGCGGCCCUACAAGUGUGCUGUCUGCGAGAAGACCUUCAAGCACCGCUCCCACCUGGUGCGCCACAUGUACGCGCACUCGGGCGAGCACCACCUGUUCCGCUGUAAUGUGUGCGAGUUACACUUCAAAGAGUCGUCAGAGCUGCUGCAGCACCCGUGCACGCCGAGCGGCGAGCGGCCCUUCCGCUGCGGCGAGUGCCAGAAGGCCUUUAAGCGGCCCUCAGACCUGCGGCAGCACGAGCGCACACACAGUGCUGAGCGGCCCUUCAAGUGCGAUCUGUGCCCCAUGGGAUUCAAGCAGCAGUACGCACUGAUGCGGCACCGGCGCACGCACAAGAGCGAGGAGCCCUUCAAGUGCGGCCUGUGUGAGAAGGGCUUUGGGCAGCCCAGCCACCUGCUCUACCACCAGCAUGUGCACACCCUUGAGACUCUCUUCAAGUGCCCCGUGUGCCAGAAGGGCUUCGACCAGUCAGCGGAGCUGCUGCGGCACAAGUGCCUGCCAGGCGCAGCCGAGCGGCCCUUCAAGUGCCCGGUGUGCAGCAAGGCCUACAAGCGGGCGUCGGCCCUGCAAAAGCACCAGCUCGCACACUGCUCGGCGGCUGAGAAGCCCCUGCGCUGCACCCUGUGUGAGCGCCGCUUCUUCUCGUCCUCGGAGUUCGUGCAGCACCGCUGCGACCCAGCCCGCGAGAAGCCCCUCAAGUGCCCGGACUGCGAGAAGCGCUUCAAGUAUGCCUCGGACCUGCAGCGGCACCGGCGCGUGCACACGGGCGAGAAGCCCUACAAGUGUCCCAACUGUGACAAAGCCUUCAAGCAGCGUGAGCACCUCAAUAAGCACCAGGGCGUGCAUGCCCGUGAGCAGCAGUUCAAGUGCGUGUGGUGUGGCGAGCGCUUCCUGGACGUGGGCCUGCUGCAGGAGCACAGUGCACAGCAUAGCGCUGCGGCUGCCGCGGCAGAGGGCGCCUACCAGGUAGCCGCCUGCUUGCCCUGAGUACAGCCUGCCCUGCCAGACCCAAUCCAGCCUCCUCACACAGAGCCCCCCUACCCAGCGCAGGAUUCAAGGACCUGGGAAUGAGGACAGAAGGGCACCAGGCAGGUGGAGAGCGAGGGGGCCUGGCACUCCGGGUGCCGGCCUGGAGGUGGGGGGUUAGCCAUAUUGCAGUGGUUGGUCCUGAUUCCACACACCUCUUGCCCAUUACAGGAUUUGCUUUCUUGAGAGCCAUCAGCCUCCCUUUGUCUCUGGGGCCUGGAACCAGGCUGGAAGUCAAGUGGCCUCUCUCCACCCCAAGGAGGGGGUGGUACCAGCCCAACCUUCCCAAACCUUUCAGCCUAGUUAGAAACCAGAUUGUUUAGGAGAGAGGAUGGUCAUGGUAGGGCCUGGGAGAAGUGUUGGGCCCCAGAGGGGGGCUGGGUGCACGGCUUUGCUGUUUGAGGGAGAAGGCCAGCUUUGUGAUAUAGUCCCGGGGACCAGUACGGCAGACUCAGAGCCACAGGCCUCUCUCUCUGCUCCAGCCUGGGGCGAAGUGUCCUCCAGUUUUCUGGCAGGUGAAAUGGGCAGAGGGCUAUACAUCUUUGGGCUGGGUCUGCCUGGAGAGCAAUCAGCCCAGCCAGAAGGGAGGAGGCCGAGAAGUUACCCUGUGACACACUUAGCCGGGGACAGUGCCGUCCACGGGGAGAGGAAAGGCAACAUUUCACUGAGGGCUAAUCCUGCUGUGUUGGAAGCCCUCUCCCACUUCUGUAGCAUGGGUCCCAGCUCUGGCAGGGAAUGUGCUCUCAGCCAGACAGAUAUGAAUGAAGGGGAUUGUUAGACCACCUGGUGCCUGGGAGGAAGCUGGGCCAAGCCCAUGAUCUUCCCAGUGGAUGCAAACAAGUGUCCUCCCCCUUGAAUUGCGUGAACCAAAGCUCAAGGGUGUCUCAUAAUCAGCCUGCCUGAGCCCUGCUUCAGGGCCAAGACCAUGCAUGGGUACCCUGGGUAGGGGAAGUAAAAAGACUGUGGGAGUGGCACCUGACCCCACAGUGCCCUCCUAGCCCAUGGGAACCCUCCCUCAUCAGUUUGGCUACUGGCCUGCAUUCCAGGGCUCUUGCACUGCCAAGAUGGCCUGGACAACGUCUAGCUGCUUCUGAGGCCAGAACAUUCUUCCUUGGGUCCUCCUAGGGUCCCUUAGAUCUCUGGCGGCCCAUGGGGCUCAUGGAGCCAAAGGUGGCCAGAGCAUAGGGAGUGGGUAGGGGAAGAGGGUCGUUAAGGAACCCACUAGGUAGAUGGUGUCAAUUGAUAUUGCUGGACCGUCAGGGCCCUCCUCUGGAAGCCCAAAGGACCUGUAUUAUCAAAGUAAUUAUUUUGAACCCAGCUGUGUCCUUGCCCUUUUACAGCCCUUCUCUGGUUGUGGGUCUUCAGUGCACACACCAAAGGCCCAGAGGAGCAGGGAAACCCACCUUGUCCCACUCUUAUUCUAAGUCUGAAAGGCCCACAUCUGCCUCCUCUAUCUGACGGGGUUCCCCUCCUGUGCCCGCAGAGAGGGCUGGUCCUUCCCCUCGGUGCUGGCUCUCAGUCACAAUGCCUCAAAAGACAUGCAGCCUAGGCUAACAACAGACCCAACUGCUAAUUUUUCCUUUAAUUUUGCUUUCUAAAAGCAGUUGUUAUACUAUUCAUAACAUUAUAUAGUUUAAUUUCA